AUGGGUUUUCAAUCAUGUGCUCAUAAAAAAGAUAAAAAUAAAAAAGAUAAAAAUAAAAAAGAUAAAAAUAAAAAAGAUAAAAAUAAAAAAGAUAAAGAAAAAAAAGAUAAAAAUAAAAACGAUAAAAAUAAAAAAGAUAAAAAUAAAAACGAUAAAAAUAAAAAAGAUAAAAAUAAAAAAGAUAAAAAUAAAAAACUAUAUACUUCAACUAGCAAUGAAAACAUAGAAGAUAACAUUGUGUCUGAUUUUAUAUCAGAAAAGGCUGAUUCGAAUAUAGGCAUAAGAAAGGGUAAUAGGAAUGUUUAUCAAAAAAAUGACCAAAUGAAGAAAAGUUUAAUCAGUUCAAGUAAGUCUGAUGCUAGUAAAAGAGACAGCAAUUUUUCUACAGUAGAAGAAGCAGUUAAACAAAAUAAUAUCAUCAGUACUGUUAGAACUAAUGAUUCUAUUAUUAGCAAUGAGGACACUGUUAGCUACCUAAGCACAGAGCUGAAGAAAGAUCAUACUUCUUUGGAUUAUCCACUAGAUGAAAUAAGUGGCAAAAGUUAUUAUGAUAAUACCAGUUUUGUAAAUUUUUCCCCAACUGAGGGUGUGGAAGAUGUACAGAGCGGUACUGUUGAAUAUGUGGAAGGAGAUGAAGAAGAAAGGGGGCAAUAUUAUCUUACAGACAGUGAUAGAAAGAGCUGUAUGACCACGUCUAACAGUGUUAAGAGGAGAAUUGAUCAUGGCUUGGACGAAAAAGCAAAAGAAAAAAAUGUUCCAUUUUGUAGAGAUGGGACAAAUAUAAGAAACACGGAAGGGAAAAGUGCCGAAGGGAGUAAGAUUAAUGAUAAUGAUAAUGCUAAUGGACGAGCAGACAAUAAAAUUAAGGCCGUAAAUAGAGCCAAUAGGAUAAGCGAAGAACAAAGGAGUAGCAGCAAACUUGAAAACUUGAAAGACAUUUUACAUGAUCAGUUGAAAAAAAAGAAAAGCUUAUUGUUAGAAAAAUUAAGGGCGAGAGAGCACGAAAAAAGAAAGUUAGAGGAGGAUGUAAAAAAUGCAGGACUUGAGUUGUUUAGAAUAAAUAAAGAAAGUGAGCUUUUAAUAAACAGAGAACAAGAAUUAAUGAACUCCUUGGAAAGUAUUAAAUGUCAAAAGGAUAUUUACACAAAUGAAAAUAUAGAAUUAAAAAAAAUGUAUAAUAAUGAACUACUUGAAUUAAAAAAAGCAUUAAAUUAUUACAUAGAAAUAGAUUACAAAUUGAAUAAUAGCCUCUUAGAAUUAAAUAACUUAAAAAAAUAUUAUGAUUAUGUUCAUGUAAAUUCUAAGAUCAGCGAGAAUGUUCUUUCAUCAAAUAAGGAAAUGAAAAUAAAGCAAAAAACAAUUAAUAAAAAGGAAAAUAUUUUAAGCAAAAUGAAACAUGAACUGAACGAAUUGAGCAGCAGAAUUAGUAUAAAAAAAGAGUUGUACAAAAAUGAAGAAACGGAAUGUCAAAAUUUGCAGAAAUUAAUAAAAGAGGAAAAAAAGGAGGUAUCUAUUUUGAAAGAAGAAAAAAAUAAACUUAUCAAAAAUUUUAAUGAUUCAAUUAGUAACAUGAAGAAAAGAGAUGAAGCUAUUGAUGAGAUUAAUAACAAGUUAAAUCAAUUAAAGUCAAACGUAAGUGAGUUAGAAAAAAGUAUUGAACAGUUAAAAAAGGAGAACAUAAUUGAAAAAGAGAAAAAGGAAAAGCUCCUAAUGGAAUUUAGGAUGUUAAAAAGGGAUAAGGAAAAGGUUAAAAUGGACAAGGAAAUUUUAGAAAAAAAUAUAGAAGAAAUAUGUCAAUAUAAUGAAAAAAUAAAAGAAAAAAUUCGAAAUGAAAAAAAAAAAUACGAUGAGAUUAAUGAUGUAAUACAAAAUAUACAUAAAGAUGUACGAAUAAGAGAAAAUAAGAUAAAAGUAAUAAAAAAUGGGAUUAAUCAAAACAUAGACAAAAUUAUAAAUGUGUAUACAGAAGAAAUUAAGAUUGGACAUUUCUCUUCAAAAUUGAAGAGUGAACUAGCUGCUGUUAAAGAAAAUAUUAUAAAAAAAGAAAGCGAAAUGGAAAAUUACAAAAACGAUAUUGUUCGUAUUAAAAUUCAACAAAUUUUGGAAAGCACCAAAAGAGAAAAUAUGGAAAAAAAAAUGAAUAAAUUAAACGAAGAAUAUGAUGAAAAAAAUUCCAUUCUAUGCAAUUAUGACAAUAUUAUUAGAAAAAAUCAUCACUUGAUAGAAAAUAAACAAGUAGAAGUAGAUAGAUUAAAUGAGGAGUUCGAUAAAAAGAACAAAAAAGGGGCAGACCUACAUGGUAUUCCCGUAACAUUAGAAAUGAAGAUACAAAAAUUAAAUAAACAAAUUAGUGAUAUAAUAAAGGAUAGCAGAUUAUUAGAAAAACAAUGGUUUUUCAAACAAUCUGAAAUGAUAAAAAUACAAAAUGAAAAUAGCAAUAUUAAUGAAGAGAUUUUAAAAGGGAAAGAUUUAUGUUUAAUAUUAGGACAAAAAAAAUGUGAACUUCAAGAAAAUUACAAAAACGUUAAAGAUAUUAUUAAAAAAUUAAAUAAAAACAUUUUAUAUAUUCGCUUACAGUUAGAAAAGUUUGCUUCUAAAAAUAAUGACACAUUACUUAAAAUUGAAAAAAUAGACGAUGAAAUGCUCAAGUGGAAUGAAAAUAUAAAUGUAAAAGCAGAGGAAUAUAAAAACAAGAAAGAAAGUCUGAACAUAGAUAUAAAUAACUUGAAAAAUGAGAAAGAGCAAUAUCAACAAGACUUGCUAAAUUAUGAAAAUAAAAUACUUUUUUUUGAAGAAAAAAUUACAGAAAAAAAAAAAUUGAAAGGAGUAAUUAAGGAAUACAUAGAGAAUAAGGAUAUUAUACAGUUAAAAAAGCAACAACAAGAGAAAAAUAUCUUCAUAGAAAAUAUGAAAAAGCAAAAAAACAUUAUUUUAGCAAACAUAAAACUUGCCUUAAGUAAAAGAAAUGAUUUAGAUAAUAAGAAGGAAUUAUUUCAAAAAAAUUACGAAAGUGGUGUUAAUGUUUCUUUCAAAAUACAACAUGAAAUUUCAUUGCUAAAAAAAAAUGUAAAAACAACAAAAAAUAAAAAAAAAUACUUAACUGAGCAUUUAAGUGAACUCACAAAAACAUAUGAUCAUUUAUUAAAUCAAAUGAAAGACCAACAAAUAUACUUUUCAUGUUUAAACCAAGAAUACAACAUGUAUCAAGGUAUAGUCCAAAUUAAAAAUUUUGAAAAAAAACAUCGUUUUCAAGAGUUGUUAAAAUUUCAAAAUGCUGUAAAGAAUGUUCACAUACUUGAAAAUUCUAAAAAAUCUUAUGAUCAUAUAAAAAAAGCCUGUUCUACGCAAAAGAAAAGACUUUCAUCAAUUAUAAAUAUUUUGCAAAAUUUUAGUACCAACAAUGAAAAAUAUACUCAGUUCAUUUCGGUAAUACUCGAAUGGAUUACCAAUUAA